AUGGAAAAUACAUCUAAAUGUAGUUCCUACCAAAAUAUUCCCUUUACUCCUCAAAAAAAUAAGUUCUUUAUGGCACAUCGGCAGCCAUAUGCAAGCCAACAUACCGUUGAUACUUAUGACCCUUUGGAAUAUUCAUUUUCAAGAAGAAAACCUCUAAGAUGCACAUCACUUCACCAUUCUAUUCUUUCAAGUUCACCAGAAGGCGGAUUAAAGACACCUAAGUCAGCAUCAAAUAAUAUAUUGGAUUCUCCACAAGGAUAUCAAUCCUAUAUUUAUCAGGCACAGAAUCCUCAGGAUGAAACUGCUCAUCAUGAGGCUGAAAGUAGUUCAUCAGAUGAAGGAACUAAAAUGAACCAUACCCAGGCAAAUUCUGCAUGUUCUAUAAACCGUACCAAAACAAACUUUUCUAAAACGAAUAUAAAAGAUAUCGGCAAUUUUGAUGAAACGGGUCCUUUGUUCUCUGAAAAUUGUGCUUCGAGGUCUUUUAAUGAAUUUCCAAAUUUCUCUCAAAAACAAUACGAUUAUAGCGAUUUACUUGCACUAUCCUCUAUUCAGCCUGAUCUUGUUAAGCGAAUCUCAACAAAAAAUAUGUUGUUUCUUCACAAACCUAAAAUGAUUCAAAGGAUUGCUACAAGUUUACUUGAAGAAUCUGCACCUGCUGAAUCUGAAAUAAGAAACGAGGCACUUCUUUCAAAAAUACUUCGCAGAUCACGCUACAUUGAUGAUCGUAUCGACUUUUAUAAUGCCACAGGACAAAAUGAAUCCCAAGAUAUGGCUACAAAUUCAUCUUUGACAUCGACGCAUCAUGUCGAUUCUUCUUUCAAUGUCUCUGAUAUGCUUUCUACUGAAAAAUUACCCUUUACUUGUCGAAAAAAUCUUGAUAUUGACACUGUAAAUCAUCCUCCAUUGUGUUCUCCUCUGAUGAAUAAUUCGUUUCAAGCAGGAAAAACAUCUAAAAGAAAAGUCCAUUCUGAUGAGCGUUUUGAACCAUAUCCUUCUUUUAAACGAAGAGCUCUUUCUCCUGCACUGUCUACAUCCUGUCCCGUGUUUACUACAGGCUGUUCCCCUCUUUCUCCCAAUUCUUCUCUUUUUCCUAUGCAAGAUACCAAUGAAGGUCUUAUGAAGAUGAGCUUGCAAUAG